UCAUUCUAAAAAACAACCUGCGAGCUUACAUCAACAAGAGUGAGUUAGAGAAGAAGAAGAAAGAGCAACUCAGUAACGACGAUGCUGGAGUUGGUGUUGUUGUACAAGAACCCAUUGCUCCACACAUCCCUAACCCUAAUCCUCGCUUUCACCUUCGCCUUCUUCAAGAUCCCCCUCUUCUUCCUCCACGGCCUCCAGACCUACAUCCACCCCGACUCCCAACCCCAAUCCAACAAUGGCCUCCGAGCCGCCAUCCGCCGCCCCGGCAGCAUCGACAGCUACCAACCCUUGUCUUCCAAAACCGCCGCCGAACUGAAAAAGCGGAACAAGUCCAACAACAAGUCCGAUUUCGAUGAAAACAAUGCUCAGAUCUUCAGAAUCACGCUCGACCACGCCCACCUCCAGUCCCGUCUCUUCAUCGAUCAGUACUGCGUCGCUUUCACUCUCUCCUUCGCUGCCCUUUCCACCCUUUUCCUCCACACCUUCCUCGAUUCCCCCCAGAAUCGUGGGUUCUUCUCCAACGGCGUUUUCGUUCCCGUUCUGUUAUCAAUUUUGAGUCUUUACUCGUGGGGCUCGCUGCUCGCCAAGACCACGUUCGAGAGAUCCGCGUCCAGGAGGUUCGAGAAGCAAUUGAGUGUUGUUUUGGGGGGUUUGGGUUUUUUUUUAGGGCUUUUGUUUGUUCCUGAGGGUUUGGCUUUGGUUUUGGAGUUUCGUUUUGGGGUUCAGUUUGAUGGGUUUUGGAGGGUUUUCGUUGCUGCAUUGAUGGGUUGCCUUUCUGGGUUUUUGUUCAUCCCUGCUUCUAGAAGUGCACGUUGCUUUUGGCUUGGGACUGAUCAGAUUCGUUGCAAUUUGUCGAUGAUAACUUGCGGGAGGUUUACUUGUGCGAUUCUUUAUGUAAAUCAGAUGCUUGUUAUAUUUGUGGCUUUGUUGUGGAUCACCCCUUUGGCUGAGAUUUUUGUAAAUAAGGGAAAUGGUGCGGCAAAGAGUGGAUUUGGUAAUGCCGAGAAAUUGGUGGGGAAUGUGGGGUUCUUGCCUUCUGAUUUUGGUAGCUUCAGGAAGUGGUGCUUGUUGGGGUCUGGUUUGUUGCAGAUUGUGGCUUUGAGGCCUAACCUGCAGAUGUAUCUGAAUGAAGCUUUGUUGUCUUGGUACCAAAGGCUUCAUGCUAGCAAGGUUCCUGACUUGGAUUACAGUAGGGCGAAGAUGUUUCUGCAUAAUCACUACUUGUGCCUUGUGGUUUUGCAAUUCCUUGGCCCUCCUGUGCUGGUGCUUCUCUUUCUUGGAUUGUCUCAGAUUGAUGAUGGUGUUUCCUUUGGAAAUUUUACGAUGUUGAAUGAUUUACUGCCCGGCUUUGCUUUCUUCAAGGAGGUGGCUUUCUUUUUGGCUUGGUGGGCAACCUUUCUCUGGGCAUUGUUCUCUUCGGUGAUCCUUAUGCUACAUCGCCAUUGUGUUUUAUAUGUUUCUUGAUUGAGCCUUUGUUUUCCCGAGUGCUAUUUUAUCGGGCGUUUCAGUGAGCCUGUUAUCGUAACUUGAAUACUUUCAUUUUGGGAGGAGUGUUGUGUUGGACUUGUAACACAAGUUUUGCAGGUUAGUUGACACGGUAUCAUUCUUUUAGGAGAUAUCAGAUUUUCAAGUACAACUGUGUUUUAUGUUGCUUUUGAAGCUUUUGACGUAAGAACCAUACACAAUAAACUGACUAUAGAAAGGCCAAAGUCAUAUGAAAGUUCACAUUCCCUUCAAAAUAUCAUGCAGACUUACAUGUGUUGUAGUUUGUAAUGGUAAAGUCUAGCACUGGAUUAGCCAUCUGAAACAUCUUGACAAUUAGAGGUAUAUCUACAGCUGAAACAUCUUGACAGAUACAUUCUAUGCAAUGGUAAAGUCUAGCACUGGAUUAGCCAUCUGUGUAUUUUACCUUUAAGGUGAGCCUUAUCAUGUUUGUUCAUCAUCCUUUUGACUUUUUGUUUUGUUGUCUGUGCUUCAAACUCUAGCUGGAAACAUUUAUAAACAUUUUUUUAAUUGUUUUUUCUGCCUAA